CACAUGCAGAGGAAAUGAGCGGCAACCACAGAAGAAGAAACGCCUGAGUCUCAAGGAACGUGCUAAGCUGAUAUAUCCAUUUAUUUGUUCAAACAGAUCCGUUUUAAGACUACUAAAGGGUGUUGUUCGGAGUGGUAAUGUCAGGGAUACCUCCAGACACAUGGCAGCCGCCGACAGUUGCCCUGGAGACGACGAUGGGGACGGUUGUAGUUGAGCUGUACUGGAGACAUGCACCAAAGACCUGCAAGAACUUUGCAGAGCUGGCCAGAAGAGGAUACUACAGCAACACCAAGUUUCACCGAAUAAUCAAAGACUUCAUGGUGCAGGGAGGAGACCCUACAGGAACAGGACGUGGCGGUGCCUCCAUAUUUGGCAAACAGUUUGAAGAUGAGCUGAACUUAGAGCUGAAAUUCACAGGUGCCGGUAUUCUGGCGAUGGCCAAUGCAGGACCGGACACAAACGGAAGCCAGUUCUUCCUCACUCUCGGACCCACUCAGUGGUUAGACGGAAAGCACACUAUUUUUGGAAGAGUAUACCAGGGGAUGGGAGUGCUGAACCGGAUUGGGAUGGUAGAGACAAACGGUCAAGAUCGGCCAGUUGAUGAUAUCAAAAUAGUGAGAACUAAUGUAGCUAAUUAAGCAAUUUUAUUUUUUUUUUUUUUACACUGUUUUUAAAAAAAUAAAUGUUUGUUAAAUA